GAGAUUUAAGCUGUUGACAUGGGUUGUAGUUCAUCAUCGACAUCUGGUACGGGACACUCAAUCGAAGAAGUUAAAACCCAAGAGAGGGUUUCAAACCAGAAAAAUGGAGUAAACUACAACUCUACAGAAGCUGUCAACAGACCGCAAACUGGACAGUCAUCACCUGUGAAGACGACGAACAAUGACCAAACAACAUCACAUAAAACAACAACGUACAAUGAUACAGAAAAACCGUCAGCAAAUUCUGAUGAUUUGAAACUUGACUAUGACGAAUUCAAAGAUAUAGAUGAAUAUGCAAGACAGGCACCAAGUUCUGUCGAAGAGUCAAUAGAAACAUUAGCACACUAUCUUGCCAAACCAGCAAAGAAUGAUAUAGAAGUUGUAAGAGCACUUUAUGUUUGGAUAUGUGAAAACAUAAGGUACAUGUAUUCUUCAAGUUUAAUUCCAAGAAAGGCACAAGAAGAGGCAACAUAA